UCUCCACUAACCGCAAUGAGUUCAGCCAACCCGUUCAGUGACCCAUCUCCUCCUUCGUCAUCAACAACCAUGACCCAACAGCCAGACAUCGCCCAGGCAGUACGAGAUACCGUCACUGUGAAAGGUUCUAGAAUGGGUAGAAGUCAUACUCAAAAUCCUUCACCUUCAUUAGCCAAGUCUCCCCCACCAGCACCUCGACGUUCCCAAUCUCAGGAUCCUGCACCUAAAGUCCCCCCAAAAUCCCCGAAAAAGAAGGGUUCGCAACAUGCAGAUGUCAUUGACCGUCUCGAUUUCUCAGGUGUUGGUCCCAUGUUUCAUCACGAUGGUCCUUUCGAUGCAUGUGCACCCUCCAGAAACCGUCAUCGUAAUAAAGCUCCCAUGAUGGCAUGGACGCAAGACCCCAACCAACUCGUCGAUCUCCAUUCCGGAGACAGUCCCUAUCCUGCCCCAAACAAUAAGGCUUAUAAUGGCUUCUCUAAAGACUAUUAUGAGCCUCCCAAGAAGAAGGUCGAUGUCCUUGCCGAAGCCUGGGGUGUUCACGAGCCAGAGCCGUUUGAGGAAUUCUCUGCCGGUGGCGGAAACCGUGGUGGAACUCCAGCCAGCUCGAUAUAUAAUGGAAAAGAAUCUCACAGGUCGUCUCAGCGCUCUUCCAAGGACAACAGAGACCAUCGCGAGGUGUAUCGCGAGUAUCUUGAAGAUCCAGCAGCAAGAGUCAACAAAAUUCCUCGUCGUUCCGGAAUUCCACCUCCUCAACCCAUUUUCGUGCCUGAUCCCACUACUCCGCCUGCUGACCAGCCCAUCAUCAGUUCAUCACCUGGUUCUGCUAGUUUUCCUAAGCGGAGCAAGUCCCUCAUGCAUCGCAUCCGAAAGAUGCGCGACGCACCUAACGUUCCCGUAGGCUCUGACUACGAGGAAUCCCCCUCCUCCCCAAACUUCUCAUCGAAUAAUGUCAAUCCUUCUGGGGAGCAAACUGAGCGAGAACGUCCUACGCACAGAAGUCAGAAUUCGUUCCUCGGCAGAUUCGGUAACUCCAGAUCUCCCCCUCCUUCCGAUUCACAGCUUACAGAGCCAUACAUUUUCAUCGACCCCACCAGCAACAACACAAACAAGGAACUCCCCCCUGCCCCUUUGAGCAAUCACAGGGAGAAUGGCGCUGGUUACUUUGACUCUGCCACCCCCGGUGCGGUUUCUACCUCUUCGCCAGGAGGUGGCCUCGGCCGCAAGACAAGCCUCAUGAAGAAAGUUGGUCGGGUCGUCAGAGGCCAGCGAUGAUUUUCAUAAUUUUUAAUCAUCCUCCAGACAUGGUCAAUCAUCACGUGGAACCAGUCUACCUAUGCAAACCAGACACUUUUCCGCCCUCAGUUCGAUAUACCUUUUCCUACCUCCUCUUAUUUUCUUUCUGCCGAUAUACCUCUCCGUGGUCGCUUUUACCCCUUCUCAUCUCGCUUCGGCUCGCUCUAUCUAAACAUCUACUUGACUCUCCUUUACAUGUUCUUUGUCUCGGUUUCUCCUCUCAAAUCUUCUUCAUGAAAUUCUUUCCGUAGUACAACAACCGCUAUCGCUAUCCCCUGUCCGCAUCCACCUAUUCCAUCAUGGACAUCGGUAAUGUCGUUGUACAUAAACUACCCAUCCUAUUUCUUUCGACAUGGUUAACUUAUCGCUCAUGACCCAGCACACUCGCUGUAUGUAUUGUACAGUAUUAAGUGUACUUUCUGUUUCGUUCAAUAUCCCCGAUUAUGUAUGUUCCGUCAUUCCAACCAAGUACAAGUAAUGCCAAGCACUCGUUACUUAGUACUCAGGCCUCAGGAGCAAACAUCAAUACUUAACAGUUGUGUUGAAA